AUGGCAAAUGAGGAAAUACUCAUUCACUGUGACUUUUCUGAGAAUUAUAAUCUAAAGUACGCAGAAGAAGUCCAGUCUUAUCAUUUUGGAGGAUCAAGGCAACAGAUUACGUUGCAUACUGUGGUAAUUUAUAGCCGAGCACACGAAAACGACUUGAAGGUUGACAGUUUUUGUACAUUAUCAGAGUCGUUGGAGCAUGGUCCCGGUGCCAUAUGGGCUCAUCUGUUUCCACUGAUCAAACUCUAUAUUGAUAAUGGGGUAAAAUUGUUGCAUUUUCUUAGCCACAGCCCCAGUACACAAUACCGCAACAAGAAAAUGUUUGCAUUCAUUACAAAUGGCAUCUAUAGCUACUUUCCGGAACUACAAUCAGUUACCUGGAACUACCAUGAGGCCGGACAUGGUAAAGGUGCCCCGGACGGCAUUGGUGGAGUUUGUAAAAGGACUGCAGACCGUAUUGUUGCUCAGGGAUCUGAUGUGAGUUCUUUCAGCCAAUUGGUUGAAAUCCUGAAAGCCAACUGCUCAGGCAUAUCCUUUUUGGAGAUUCAUGCUUGUGAAAUUGAAAAAUUUUCAGAUGCUAUAAAUAAAGCUGAGGUUCUGCCAUUUAAAGGAACUUUGAAGGUUCGUCAAGUAAGAUCUCUAAGAGACCACAACACACUAUCUCUAAGAGAGCUCUCCUGUUUCGACUGCGGCGAAAGAUGUCUACAUUACACUAUUGGAACUUUAUCUUAUAAUUCGGUAACGAAAAGUUAUGCGUCUGAUGAAGAAUUAUAUAUUUUUGACAAAGGGAAUAAAGCGAAGCUACAUUACUACAAUGUUUACAGUGAAAGUUCUUCAGAUGAUGAUAUUCCUUUGUCCGAGUGGAAAAAAAAUGGUCAAUUAGCAGCAGAGUUUCCAAGUAGCCGCUCAAUAUAA